AUGACAACAACAGCUCCCGAAACCCAGCGCCGCUCCAACUGGGUCACGUCCUACGAUAACGUUUACUACCGCCCGCGCCUCAGCAAGAAACCUUCUUCGCUGUCGGUUGCACGCUUCCCGGCGCCGUUGAUCGGUCCCCGGCGGUCUCGUCCCCAGGCCAUCCACAUUAUUAGCUAUCCCUCGGGCUACGUGCCUCGAGAGUUGCGACCAGAGAACCGGCCUGACACUCCCCCGCCGCCUCCAGCGCCUCGGCGUGCGCCGUCACUACAACCCGCGCCCAGCAACUCUUUCAACGACGCCGUCCAGGUUUGUCCUAGCGGCAGCAGUAUCAACACAAAAAGGAGGAGGAGCUUUAAGCCUCGUGCAGCAGCGCGUCGCAGGGAUAAGCUUUUGAGUUCGCUGUCUCUAGCAGGCCCCUCUGAAGCGAUUGACUCUGCCUGUUCAAAUUCUUGUGCCACUUCGGGUCGUAUAAGAGCCGAGCCAGAAUUUGCUGCUGAUCGCACGACUCGGGAAAGCGCCGACGGGAUCAGUGCUGUCACUGCCACUUCCACUGCCACUUCCACCGCAACUGCCAAUACUGGACGCGCAAUUGCCCAGUCUUGCCGGUCGGACCUGACUUGCCAGUCUGCUAUUGGAGCAAGUCCCGCUGGGGCAGGUGCGACCAGGGCCGCUUCCACCACACCCACACAGUCCCCGCCAGCAUAUGACGACAUCCACCCCGGCUCCCCGGCACAUGAUUUAAUCUCUACCUCCACAAUCACUUCAACACCCAUCAACUCGACUGACUCAAAUCCACACGGAACAAUGACUGCCGCCCGUGUCUCUAAUCCGUCAUUGACGGGUUCGCACAACAUGAAUAUGAACAUGGCCGUCUCUAACCCCAACCGAAGCAGCUUCAUGUCUGCACGAUCUUCAAAAUCUGCCAUCACCUCUUGCGUCGCCGAGGUCCCGAAACCCGUCGCUUCCGGCAGUGGCGUGUCAUGCUCAAUUCUCCUCGCCGAACAAAACAUUUUCCUCUCGGGCUUCGACCAUGAUGGCCACGGCCAUCGCGACUCCCAAGGCGGCACCGCUCUGCUUCGAGGCAGACUUCAAUUGCGCGUUACGAAGAACGUCAAGAUCAAGGCCGUUCAGCUUAAGCUUCUCGGCCGCGCCCGCACAGAAUGGCCCGAGGGCAUCCCUCCACUAAAGCAGGAUGUCUACGAGGAGGAGAGUCUGCGCACUCAGGUCCUCACAUUUUUCAAUGCCAUGAAUGACGGCUGGGAAUCCGACUAUGGCAACCAAUGCACCUACAAACUCAAGAACGCAUCGCCCAACGGCAGCUCGACGAAUUUGGCCCGACCCAGCCCUUCGAGCUCGCUUUCGCCGCAUCGCAAUAACCUGACAGCCAAGGAGAUGAAGCGCCUGUCGCUGCAGAGCGUUCAAUCGCGAAGCUUUAACAAGGGCGACAGCCCCGUCGCCUCAGCCACUCAGGUCAAGGGCUACAAGGUCUUUUACCCUGGUGUUUACGACUACUCGUUUGAACUCCCCAUCGAUCACCACCAGCUGGAAACGACCAAGUUGCAGUAUGGAUCCGUCAAAUGGGAACUUCAAGCCACAGUUGACCGAGCCGGCGCCUUUAAGCCUAACCUCCACGGCACCAAGGAGGUUUCGAUUGUUCGAGUACCCGAUCAACUCUCUCUCGAGAUGUCAGAGCCCAUCUCUAUUAGCCGACAAUGGGAAGAUCAGCUUCACUACGAUAUUAUCAUUUCAGGCAAGAGCUUUCCGAUUGGAAGCAAAAUCCCCAUCGCCUUCAAGCUCACGCCUCUGGCCAAGGUCCAGGUGCACAAGCUCAAGGUGUAUGUAACGGAGUCGAUUGAGUACUGGACUAGUGAUAAGCGCGUCACUCGAAAGGACCCGGGCCGCAAGAUUCUUCUCCUUGAGAAGUCUGCUGGCAAGCCCCUCGAGUCGUCUUACGCUUCCUCCGAGGUCCGAACGCUUCGUGGCGGCGAGCUCACUCCCGAGCAGAGACGACAGGCCCGCGAGGCUGCCGCCCGAAGACGAACACUGGAUGCCGCUCGACGACAGACUACCGCUGCGCCACUCCCCGAACCCACGGCUAACCUCCUUGGUGAUAUCGAUCUGGGACUGGAGACUUUCUGGGGUUCAACUGAGAUCGAGGCCAACGUCCAGAUCCCGACUUGCGAGAUGAUGGCAAAGAACAAGGAACUGCGACUUCACCCUGACUGCAGCUGGAAGAAUGUCAAUGUCUUCCACUGGAUCAAGGUUGUGAUGCGCAUCAGCCGCCUCGAUCCUGAAGAUCCCACUGGCACAAAGCGCCGGCACUUUGAGAUCAGCAUUGACUCGCCCUUUACGGUGCUCAACUGCCGAGCUACCCAUGCCAACACGAACCUCCCAGCUUACUCAGGGCCGAACUGCAAUGGCGCGACGUAUCAGUCCACUUGCGGGUGUCCCGACGCCUUCACCAUGCCGACAGAUGCUUCGCCUAACUCGUCUACGGGCACACUUCCCGGAGUCAACGCCAGCAGCGAAAACCUUCCUGCACCACCGCAGGCGGCUCACUUGGCCAAUGCGGUUGGUGGUCAGCAAGAACCUCGGCCAAUCCAUCUCCUCCGAGUUCCAAGCUUCAACCCUCCCGCUUUCGAAGACGAUGUUGCACCACCCCCCGCAGCCGAACUUGUCUCGGAGCACCCGGAGCCGACUAUGACGCCUCCCCCUCAGUAUGAUGUUGUGGUUGGAACCCCUAGCGUCGAUGGUCUGGCCGAUUACUUCACCAGACUUGCUGAUGCUGGUUAUGACGGGCCCGACGAAGAUUCUGAGUCGGACCCUGACGACUCGCCCCCACGGAUCCUUGACCGCACCGGGCGCGUCAAUGUUGCCAACCCCCGUACCCCCGGAGGUAGGAGGAUGCCAAGCCGCAGCCUGGAGAUUUCUAGGCCACCAAUCAAUCUCGAUAUGUCAGCUCUCCGCAACCGAGCUGGACGGGCAGUGUGA